AUGGGACUGUUAUCCCAACCCAUUGGCGUCUCCUCGAUCAUAAAUUUGGUCAUAUCAUUACCACUCCUCGCAGUUACCCUUGGCUUGGCUUACAUUCUAUGCGUCGCCAUUUACAACCUCUUCUUCCAUCCCCUCAGUGGAUAUCCUGGGCCAUGGCUUUGGGCAGUUUCAGACAUUCCGUACUCCCUUGUCUCUGUAUCGGGUGAUGCUCAUAAACGAAUGCUUCAAAUACACAUGCAAUAUGGCCCAGUGGUGCGUGUCGGCCCGAACACUGUGUUUUACAGCCACCCAGACGCUACCAAGGAGAUUCGUGGUCACCGUAAAGGCAACAAGGCAGAACAUCUGAAAGAUCCCCAUCUACACUCCGGCAACCAGAGCAACGUUAUUGGUGCGAACCGCGCAAACCAUGUUCGGUACAGACGAAGCUUAGCCUAUGGCUUCUCGCACCAGGCCAUGUUAGAUCAAGAGCCGAUCAUCAAUAAGUAUAUUGAUACGCUACUGACGGAACUCAAAAAGCAAAGCACGAAGCAUGAAAAGAUUGACAUUGUCCGGUGGUACAACUAUACAACAUUCGAUAUUAUUGGCGAUUUGGCUUUUGGCGAGCCCUUCUACUGCCUAGAGAAGUCAGAUUUCCAUCCGUGGGUGGCACUCAUCUUCUCUGGUGUUAAAAAUUUGUCGUUUAUAUCAGUCUGCUCGAAGCAUGGGAAACUUGGAAAGAUCUUAGCGAGGCUUCUGGUGCCCAAAGAUCUACCCGCAAAAGGUAGGGAGCAUCGCAGGCUAUCGAUCGAGAAGGUGCGCAGGAGACUUGAUUCAGGGUCAAGCCGGCCGGAUUUCAUGACGGCGAUGAUGACAACGCGGGGGUCUUCAGAGGAACUGACGUUCAAUGAGUUGGUAUCGAAUUCCAGCUUGCUUAUCGCGGCUGGUUCCGAGACGACGGCCACAGCCCUUUCGGCAGCAACUUACUAUCUGGGACUCUAUCCGGAAAUCUUCGCGAAGCUGGCUGCCGAAGUGCGGUCUGCUUUCAGUUCGGAGAAAGCCAUAAGCCUUACAAGCGUGCAACAUCUGACUUAUUUGCAAGCCGUGAUUGAUGAGGCGAUGAGACUGUUUCCGUCGGCGCCAGGUACGCAGCCUCGCAUCAUUUCGCCUGGCGGUGACAUGAUUGUUGGCAAAUACGUUCCUGAGGGUACUGUGGUCGGCGUAUGGCAGUGGGUAAAUCAUCACAAUCCCGCAUAUUUCCACGAUGCAGAGUCUUUUAUCCCCGAACGCUGGCUUGGGGAUACACGCUUUGAAAGUGAUAAGAGAGAUGCAUUCAUGCCAUUCUCGGUUGGACCGCGAAACUGCAUCGGCCGAAACCUGGCGUAUUUGGAGAUGAGAUUGAUCCUCGCAAGAAUGGUGUGGAAUUUUGACAUCAAACUUGCGGAAGAGAGUGUUGGAUGGGACACGAGGAGUAAAGUCUACAUGCUAUGGGAGAAGGGGCCUAUCUACGUGUACCUUACCCGGCGCGAGGGCGAUUAA